AGAGAAGAGACAGAAGUCAUGUCCAAAGUGUGGCCAGCUCUCACAUGUCAGAAGUUAAACCCCAGCAUUGGUCAACUGAAGAGGAUCUCUGCAACCAGCAGACGAACUUCAGAGUGGACCAGGAGAAUCCAGAAUCUCCACAGAUUAAAGAAGAACCGAAGGAAACAAAACUUCUACAGAUUAAAAUGGAGCACGAGGAACCAGAACCUCCACAUAUUGAAGAGGAACAAGAGUAUCCAGAAUCCCCACAGAUUGAAGAGGAGCUGGAGGAACCCCAAACUAUACAGAUUAAGGACACUUAUACCUUGAUGGAGAUUCCUACUUUUGAGGAACAUGUUGACAGUGAAGCAGAUGGAAACAAUCAGCAGAGCUUGAAUGGAACUGAUAGUCAGGAUGAAGAAGGAAACCAACAUGAAGAAUCAACAUCAACUCCAGAUGAAGAGACAGAGCCACAGAACAGAGAUCAGAGGAAGAGAAGAGACAGAAGUCAUGUCCAAAGUGUGGUCAGCUCUCACAUGUCAGAAAGUCAGUGCGACUCUGAUGUUAGUAAAAAGUUCAAGAUGACAACUUUGGUGAAGAAAUGCAAACAGUCCCUAAAGGAAAAGAGACACUCCUCUACAAAGUCUGAUAAAAGAACAAGAAUUCCACACGAUGUGUCUGUCCACAUGAGAACUAAGUCUGAAGAAAGACCUUAUGUCUGUAAAGAAUGUGACAAAAGUUUUAGUGAUGCAUCCAAACUUAAGAGACACAUGAGAACUCACAAAGGAGAGAAGCCUUUCUCGUGUAAAGAGUGUGAUAACAGUUUUAGUCAUUUAAAUAAACUUAAAAGACACAUGAGGAUUCACACAGGAGAGAAGCGUUUCUCGUGUACAGAAUGUGAUAAAAGUUUUAGUCGACACUCUCAUCUCAAUAGACACGUGAGAAUUCAUACAGGAGAGAAGCCUUUUUUGUGUAAAGAAUGUGACCAAGUAUUUAGGAGUAAAGACAGUCUCAAAAGACACAUAAGAACUCACACAGGAGAGAAGCCUUUCUCGUGUAAAGAGUGUGAUAACAGUUUUAGUCAUUUAAAUAAACUUAAAAGACACAUGAGGAUUCACACAGGAGAGAAGCGUUUCUCAUGUACAGAAUGUGAUAAAAGUUUUAGUCGACAAUCUCAUCUCAAUAGACACAUGAGAAUUCAUACAAGAGAGAAGCCUUUUUUGUGUAAAGAAUGUGACCAAAUAUUUAGGAGUAAAGACAGUCUCAAAAGACACAUGAGAAUUCAUACAGGAGAGAAGCCUUUUAUAUGUAGAGAAUGUGACAAAUGUUUUAAUGAUAAAUCUAAUCUCAAAGCACAUAUGAGAACUCAUACAGGAGAGAAGCCUUUUACCUGUAAAGAAUGUGACAUAAGUUUUAGUCGUACAGAUUCUCUCAAAGCACACAUGAGAACUCAUACAGGAGAGAAGCCUUUUAUGUGUAUAGAAUGUGAUAGAAGUUUUAAUCAUACUUCUCAUCUCAAAUCACACAUGAGAACUCACACAGGAGAGAAGCCUUUUAUGUGUAUAGAAUGUGAUAGAAGUUUUAAUAAGACUUCUCAUCUCAAAUCACACAUGAUAACUCAUACAGGAGAGAAGCCUUUUACCUGUAAAGAAUGUGACAUAAGUUUUAGUCGUACAGAUUCUCUCAAAAUACACAUGAGAACUCAUACAGGAGAGAAGCCUUUUACAUGUAAAGAAUGUGAUAGAAGUUUUAGUCAAAUAUCUAGUCUUAAAUCACACAUGAGAACUCAUACAGGAGAGAAGCCUUUUUUGUGUAAAGUUUGUGACAGAAGUUUUAGUCAUGCAGUUUCGGUCAAAACACACAUGAGAACUCAUACAGGAGAGAAGCCUUUUUUUAAGCAAGGGAAACCCACAGUAGGGGAGCCAUGAAGAAAAGACAAUAAAGUUUUAACUAGGAAGGUUUAAGUAUUGUAAAAAAAAAAACAUUUUCCCUUAUUUUAUUUUAAAAAUAACAUAAUAAAGACCUUAAAAUGGUCUGUCAGUUGAUAAAAUGAAGUUGGUUUCUAAAACACUUCACUGCUGACAAGCUGUGUGGAGAUUCUGCUUUUAUUUUCCAGCAGAACUUGGAUCAUUUCCACUCUACUAAAGGUACCUAACCCUGCUUGUCCCUAAACUGUUUCUGUGUUUGAUCAACCAGCAAAUUCCCUGACCUGAACCCAAUAAAAAAAUCUAUGAAGUGUUUUUAAAGAGGAAGAUGAGACAGCAGAGCCAACAAUGAAGAUGAGCUGAAGUCGGCUAUCAAAUGAACCUGAGCUUUCAUUCCAUGUACACAGAGCCACAGGCUGAUGGCCUCCAUACCACAUUGAUGCAGUCAUUCAAUGAAAAGGAAGAACAAGUGAUUAUUGAAUGGAGAGAAAAGAACACUUUUCUGAAUCUGACAUGUGCGGAAAACAUUCUUCUGAUUGAAUAUUCUAAUUUUCUAUUUUUAGGUUUUCUAUCAGCCACUAUGAUCACAUUGCUCAAAAUAAAGGAAAAAGUAAAUAAUUCUAUACAUCAUGAGUUUCACUUAUUGGAUUGAUUGACAAAAGUAAUACAUUUUUAAACUUUGCUUUUUCUAGAUAUGCAUGUAGAUAUAAAUGUGUUGUUUUGAUUUAUUAAAUAUAUUAGAUUAAAAUUGUAAAGACAUUAUGAUUAAGUUCAAUUUUUGUUGGUUACAUUUGUAUUGUAAGUUUUUGUACUUUUAUUGUGUUGUUUAAAAGUGUUUAAGUGAACCAUUGUGGUUUGAGUUUAUGCUAAGACAAUGUUGUCUAUCUGUGUUACCAUGACAACACUGGAAUUAUUUCAAUGCAUCUCUAAUUCUAACACUUUUAUGUGAUUUGGGAACAUUUCAAUAUUGUUUUUUAAUAUAAAAUAAUCACUGUUAAUAUGUUGUUGAGUCAUGUUAAUAACUAACUAUUUUGUGAAGAAAAGAUUUUCCUAAAAUUGUUUAAGGAAGAGUCUGUGUGUUGUUGUGAUUCCUGUUUUGUAUCAGAGAUUAGAAGUGUUUCUCUGUUCUUUUUAGUCGUCAGUGUUCUGUUCCAAUCUUUCCUGUGAAGAAUAAAGUGGACGUGAACAUCA